GUGUUACAUAACAUGCACGUUACCGCGGUGACCCAGAGACAAACACGCAGACCUGCAUCCCCAUACCGGGCGAGGAGCUGACGCUCGCGGAUAAUCAUGCCUUCUGUGCUGGACACUAUUUGGGAAGACAGGGAUGUUAGGUUUGACAUCACAGCACAGCGCAUGAAAACGAGACCCGGUGAAGUCCUGAUAGACUGCCUGGAUAACAUUGAGGACACCAAAGGGAACAACGGAGACCGGGGCUAUAUUUUACUGUUAUCCUUUCUAGGUAGGCUGCUGGUCACCAAUCUGCGAAUUAUCUGGCAUUCCCUGACUUCGCCGAGGGUGAACCUGUCUGUUGGAUACAAUUCUGUCAUAAACAUCACAACAAGGACUGCCAACUCUAAACUCAGAGGGACCACGGAAGCUCUUUACAUCCUGACAAAAUGCAAUGAUACCAGAUUUGAGUUCAUUUUCACUAACGUUGUUCCUGGAAGCCCAAGGCUGUUCACGUCUGUUAUCGCAGUUCACAGGGCUUAUGAGACCACUAAAAUGUACCGUGAGCUAAAACUAAGAGGGGCUCUUAUUCAGAACAAGCAGCUGAAACUCCUCCCACAAGAACAGAUGUGUGACCAAAUUAACGGGGUGUGGAAUUUAUCCAGUGACCAGGGUAACUUGGGGACGCUCUUUGUCACAAACGUGCGAAUUGUGUGGCACGCAAACAUGAAUGAGACCUUCAACGUCAGUAUCCCAUAUCUGCAGAUACGCUCCAUCAAGAUAAGAGACUCAAAGUUUGGACUAGCAUUAGUGAUAGAGAGCUCUCAGCAGACAGGAGGGUAUGUUCUGGGCUUCAAGAUCGACCCUGUGGAGAAACUGCAGAGUACAGUGAAGGAGGUCAACUCCUUACACAAGGUUUACUCUGCAUGCCCUAUCUUUGGGGUGCACUAUGAGAUGGAGGAGAAGCCCCAGCCACUGGAGGAACUGACUGUGGAGCAGCCUCCAGAUGAUAUAGAGAUUGAGCCUGAUCUGCAGACGGAUGCAUUUACGGCAUACUUAGCAGAUGGUGAUAAGCCACAAGACCGGGAGCCUGUUUUUUCUGAAGAGCUUGGCUUAGCUGUGGAGAAACUGAAGGAGGGAUUUACACUUCAAGGUCUUUGGGAAGUAAUAAGUUAAUUAGUUAGAUAAAAUUCGUGUCAUGUUUAAUAGAAACAGGAGACAUUUCAGGCAAAAAAAGGAUUGGCAUUGUCAUGCCUUGAAUCAUCCCAUGUUUGUUUGUAAUAUAAUACAUAAUAUAAAUUAUUUUAUCUAUGUUAAUGAAUUAUACACAGUCAUUUAUUAUACAGAGUCAUUUUGUAAGUCAUUUGUCAUUAGUUAGUUGUGGUAUUGAAAACCACAAUAUUAAUCUUCCAAUAAAGGUCUUUAAAUAUG